GCUUGGGAAGGGGACGGAAAGAAGAGAGGCGGCGGCGGCGGCGGCGGCGCCUGCAAACGGGGAAGCAGUUCCGUAGCAGUUCAGUCUCUAUGAAGAAAUGACUACGCAGUAUAGUAUUCUCUUCAAGCAAGAACAAGCACACGAUGACGCGAUCUGGUCGGUUGCCUGGGGCAAAAACAGAAACGACGGCUCCGAGACAGUGAUCUCUGGCUCCUUGGAUGACCUGGUGAAAGUCUGGAAAUGGAAUGAUGAAAAACUGGACCUCAGAUGGACUUUGGAAGGCCAUCAGCUGGGGGUGGUCUCGGUGGAUAUUAGUCAUACUGGGACCAUCGCGGCCUCUAGCUCUCUGGACGCUCACAUACGCAUUUGGGACUUAGAAACUGGCAAACAGAUAAAGUCAAUAGACGCCGGACCCGUUGACGCCUGGUCGCUGGCCUUUUCUCCCGACUCCCAGUAUGUUGCAACAGGAAGCCACAUAGGGAAGGUCAACAUUUUUGGCGUAGAGACUGGGAAAAAGGAGUAUUCCUUGGACACCAGAGGCAAAUUCAUCCUCAGCAUUGCAUAUAGCCCAGAUGGAAAAUAUUUAGCCAGUGGAGCGAUUGAUGGCAUUAUCAAUAUUUUUGAUAUCGCAACAGGAAAACUUCUGCAUACGCUGGAAGGGCACGCCAUGCCUAUUCGUUCCCUGACGUUCUCCCCAGACUCCCAGUUACUUGUCACAGCCUCGGAUGAUGGCUACAUCAAAAUUUAUGAUGUACAGCAUGCAAACUUGGCGGGCACACUGAGCGGUCACGGAUCCUGGGUAUUAAACGUUGCAUUUUGUCCGGAUGACACCCAUUUCGUUUCCAGUUCAUCUGAUAAAAGCGUGAAAGUUUGGGAUGUGCCGUCGAGGACCUGCGUUCAUACCUUCUUUGAUCAUCAGGACCAGGUCUGGGGUGUGCAAUAUAAUGGAAGUGGUUCCAAAAUUGUAUCCGUUGGCGACGACCAGGAAAUCCACAUUUAUGACUGUCCAAUUUAAGUCCCUUCAGCCCAGUCUGGUUGGACUUUGAAGGCAGCGUGUGGAGUUUAUAAAGGAGUGCGGCCAGACCGCUGCUGUGUUGAUCUGGGGAAUUAUUUUUCCAACACCAAAUAUUUGUCCUGAAGUAAGAAAAAUAGAGUAAUCAACUUGUACCUAAGUUUAUAUGAUCUUUAUCCUUUUAUCUUUUUUUAAUACAAAAAUAAAUAAUUUAACUGCCAAUA